AUGAUUCAUAGAAGGCUACUAUUAAGGCCAGUUUUAAAACAAAUCACAGUCGGCUCAAUUAGAUUCAAUUCUACAUCAGUACCACAAUCAUAUUUUGAAUUAUUUCCAAAAUCAUUUCCCAACGCAGGACCACCAAAAGAUUCAUUUCAAAUAAAUGAAAAACAAUUAAGAAAAGAAUAUAGAACUCUACAGAGUAUAAAUCAUCCAGAUAAGACAUCUGAAGCUGUAAGUUCAACAAAUAUAAACAAGGCAUUUACAAAUUUAAGAAAUCCUUAUUUAAGAUUAGCUCAUAUAAUUAAAUUAAAAACUGGAAAGGAUAUUCAAGAUGAUUCAAUUUCUAAAAAAUAUAUAUCAGAUUUUCAAAAUUCAAGUCCUGAAAAUUCAUUAAUUUAUAAAAAUAUGUUAUUACAAGUAAUGGAAGCUCAUGAACAAUUAGAAUUAAGUGAACUGGAAAAAGAAUUAGAAAAUUUAGAAAUUGAAAAUGAUGAAAGAAUCGAAGAAAGUUGUAAUAAAAUUGAAAAAGAACUUAAAAAAUCUCCAAUUAAUUGGGAUGAAUUAAUAAUUGAUGCUAUAAAAUUAAAAUAUUGGGUAAAUAUUCAAAAUGGUAUAAAAGAUUGGGAACCAGGUAAACCUGUUCAUCUUACUCAUUAA